AAACAACUAAAUUAAAUAAUUGUAUUCUUACAAAAUACAAAGAUGCUUGUUCAAAUAUUAAUUUGUUGUACCAUAAUGGUGCACCUAGCUCAUGGUGCUAAUGUUAAUCAUAUCGUUGAUUACAUUAACAAUUUGGAAACAACAUGGAAAGCUGGCAACAACUUUGUGAGUGAUUUCAAACCUAAAUUAGGAUUAAUACCCGGAUACAAACCACUUGCACCAAGUUCAGAGAUAACUUAUGAUAUAUCCGAUGAGGACAUACCGGAGUCAUUUGAUCCCCGGCAACAAUGGCCAGACUGUUACACAGAUAAGGAGGUCAGAGAUCAGGGAUGUUGUGGUUCGUGUUGGGCAUUUUCAACCUCAGAGGUCAUAUCUGAUCGCAUUUGCAUCGCCUCGAGGGGUAAACAACAGGUAGAGGUCUCGGCCGAAGAUAUCCUAACCUGUGGUGAAGCGGGUGGUUGUGAUGGGGGUUCCCCUCGCGCUGUGUUUAACUAUUAUAUAAAGUCAGGUGUGAUCAGUGGUGGACUGGUAGGCACCGAAGAUAUCCUAACCUGUGGUGAAGCGGGUGGUUGUGAUGGGGGUUCCCCUCGCGCUGUGUUUAACUAUUAUAUAAAGUCAGGUGUGAUCAGUGGUGGACUGGUAGGCAGUCAUAAAGGGUGUCAGCCCUACACCAUAACCGGUCGUCACCCGUGCGCCUCAUACGUACCGACCCCUAAGUGUGAGAAAACAUGUAUCGCCGGCUAUAACCGUACGUACACUCAGGACAAACACUUUGGUAGUAAAUACUAUGGCGUCGAUGUUAAGGAUGUUCAGAAAGAGCUCAUGACUAAUGGACCUGUGUCAGCUCAAUUUAUUGUUUACACCGACUUUUACUCAUACAAGUCCGGUGUCUACCAGCACGUGACGGGUGGUGUAGAGGGCGCACAUGCGGUCAAACUCAUGGGUUGGGGCGUGGAAAAUGGUGUCGACUACUGGUUGGUGGCUAACUCGUGGGGCACAGUGUUUGGCGAGCAAGGUUAUUUCAAAAUUAAACGCGGCAAUAAUGAGUCCGGAAUUGAGGGUGGUUAUUACGAUGCCGUAACACAAAUGGUGUCGACUACUGGUUGGUGGCUAACUCGUGGGGCACAGUGUUUGGCGAGCAAGGUUAUUUCAAAAUUAAACGCGGCAAUAAUGAGUCGGGAAUUGAGGGUGGUUAUUACGAUGCCGUAA